CAUCAUGUGACUUUUGGCGUAAACAGGAAGCAGCUGAUCUCCACCGCCUGUUUCACCAAGUAAUGUUCUCCACUGUGUUCUUCAAAACUAAUAAAAACUACUGGAUAAAACUGCUCGAACGUAAGUGACUGUUCUAGCCUUUCGGGCAGAAGGAGAGGAAGAGGAGCUGCUGCAGACACAGACUGAAGUCAUCUGACCCGCAGCUCAGACAAACACUCACCAUCGUGUCUGCUGAGGGGGAUGUCAAGCACAGCAAUGAAGAAAAAGGUGCUACUGAUGGGGAAAAGUGGGUCGGGGAAGACCAGUAUGAGAUCAAUCAUCUUUGCCAAUUACAUAGCUCGAGACACACGCCGCCUUGGAGCUACAAUUGACGUGGAGCACUCCCAUGUACGGUUUCUUGGCAAUCUGGUUCUGAACCUGUGGGACUGUGGAGGUCAGGACACGUUCAUGGAGAACUACUUCACCAGCCAGAGGGACAACAUUUUCAGAAAUGUAGAGGUUCUUAUUUAUGUAUUCGAUGUGGAGAGCCGGGAGCUGGAGAAAGACAUGCACUACUACCAGUCGUGUCUGGAAGCCAUCCUGCAGAACUCCCCCGAUGCCAAAGUGUUCUGCCUCGUGCACAAAAUGGACCUGGUGCAGGAGGACCAGAGAGAUUUGAUCUUUAAGGAGCGCGAAGAAGAUCUGAAGAGACUCUCCAGGCCUUUGGCUUGCACAUGCUUCAGGACGUCUAUCUGGGAUGAAACUCUGUAUAAGGCCUGGUCCAGCAUAGUGUACCAACUCAUCCCAAACGUCCAGCAGCUGGAGACAAACCUGAGAAAUUUUGCACAGAUCAUAGAAGCAGAUGAAGUUCUUCUGUUUGAGAGAGCCACCUUCCUGGUGAUCUCUCACUAUCAGUGCAAAGAGCAGCGCGACGCUCACAGGUUUGAGAAGAUCAGUAACAUCAUUAAACAGUUCAAGCUCAGCUGUAGUAAACUCGCAGCCUCUUUCCAGAGCAUGGAAGUGAGGAACUCCAACUUUGCGGCCUUCAUUGACGUCUUCACCUCCAACACAUACGUCAUGGUCAUCAUGUCGGACCCCUCCAUUCCAUCUGCAGCCACUCUCAUCAAUAUCCGUAAUGCUAGGAAACACUUUGAGAAGUUGGAGCGGGUGGACGGACCCAAGCACAGCCUGCACAUGCGAAUGCGUUAGCCCUCGCCUUCGUCCCAGUGGAUACUCUCAGCCAAUCAGUCCACAGAUCGCUGCGGCCUCCGAUACAUACGAGCAGCCCUGCACCGUUUCCUCUAUAUCUUCACAUUCAAUCACAGUUAUCACGGGAGAAAUCAUAGUUUGUUCUGGUCUAAUUUCUACAGUGCUCUUAGGUACGUUGAAGAGUGACACAUUCUGUUGAAGUAUUUGUCCUAACUAGACACAUUAAAGAAAAGUGAAUAGUUGUUUGCUACAGAGUGGGCUACCUUUGCUGUCACGCCGUCGUAGAUUCAUUCGCUUCGCGCAGUGAAUCCUAGUGGUGGGGGAUGUCGUCUCCAAAUGUUAAGCAGCAGAUACUGUUUGAUUUUCAAAUGCCGUUUGUAAGCUGUUACAAACAAUAUAGUUAUGUUCAGAAGCA